AUGAGAGAAGUAAUUAGCAUUCACGUAGGUCAGGCUGGUAUUCAAAUUGGAAAUGCUUGUUGGGAGUUAUUCUGCUUGGAGCAUGGAAUUCAGCCAGAUGGUCAGAUGCCCAGCGACCAGGUCGUUGCUGGGGGAGACGAUGCCUUCAACACCUUUUUCUCGGAGACGGGCGCCGGCAAGCACGUCCCACGAUGUGUGUUCGUCGACCUAGAGCCAACGGUCGUAGAUGAAGUGAGAACAGGAACGUACCGUCAGCUGUUUCACCCAGAGCAAUUAAUAUCAGGAAAGGAAGAUGCCGCAAACAAUUUCGCAAGAGGACACUACACAAUUGGAAAGGAAAUAGUAGAUGUAUGUUUAGAUCGAGUGCGAAAAUUAGCAGACAACUGCACAGGGCUCCAAGGUUUUCUCAUGUUUAAUGCUGUGGGUGGUGGAACAGGAAGUGGUCUCGGAUGUCUUUUGUUGGAAAGGCUAGCAAUAGAUUAUGGAAAAAAAUCGAAAUUGAAUUUCUGUUCUUGGCCUUCACCUCAAGUAUCAACAGCUGUCGUAGAACCAUACAACUCUGUUUUAUCUACCCACUCUCUACUAGAACACACAGAUGUAGCAAUUAUGUUAGACAAUGAGGCCAUCUAUGAUAUAUGUAAAAAGAAUUUGGACAUUGAAAGGCCUACUUAUACAAACCUAAACAGACUAAUAGCUCAGGUCAUUUCGUCUUUAACAGCUUCUUUACGAUUUGAUGGUGCCCUAAAUGUAGAUGUUACGGAAUUUCAAACAAACCUAGUGCCUUACCCACGUAUCCAUUUCAUGUUGUCGUCGUACGCCCCUAUCAUUAGUGCAGAGAAGGCAUACCACGAGCAGCUCUCCGUGUCUGAAAUUACAAACUCUGCAUUCGAGCCUGCUUCUAUGAUGGCGAAAUGUGAUCCUCGUCAUGGAAAGUACAUGGCUUGUUGCUUAAUGUAUAGAGGAGAUGUUGUCCCAAAGGAUGUCAACGCUGCUGUUGCGACGAUUAAGACAAAGAGGUCCAUUCAAUUUGUUGAUUGGUGCCCAACAGGAUUCAAAUGUGGUAUUAAUUACCAACCACCCACUGUUGUCCCUGGGGGAGAUUUGGCGAAAGUGAUGAGAGCCGUCUGCAUGAUAAGUAACUCCACCGCAAUUGCUGAAGUAUUUUCUAGAAUGGACCAGAAAUUUGACCUCAUGUAUGCUAAGAGAGCAUUUGUCCAUUGGUAUGUUGGAGAAGGUAUGGAAGAAGGGGAAUUUAGUGAAGCCAGGGAGGAUUUGGCUGCUUUGGAAAAGGACUACGAAGAGGUCGGCAUUGAGACCAACGAAGGUGAAGGGGAAGACGAAGGAUACGAAUGA